AUGAGCGGCAGAGGAACAAAACGCCAUCGAUCUUCAUCUGACGAUGAAGACAACGGUCGCCGCCCACGUCCUGGUGGCAAUAUUGGGCCUAGCGCCCCUGCUACCUUGGCUGCCGUUCCCACUAACUCUGCAGCAGCUUCUGCUCCCCCAGCUGACCUUGCAACGGCCAGGACCGCCAUGGUUCAAGCCCUGCUUCCCGAGGCGGCGCCGGACCAUAUGUUGAGUCACUUUCUCAAUUGUGCGACUCUGGACGUCACCGCUGCGAUUGCCAGCUUCCGUGCUCAUCGACAGACGAUCUUUGCGCCACCGCCAGCUACUUCUGGUGGUGACAAGGCCAAGGGCAAUGGCCAAAGAAAGAGCAAGAGCCCCUCCCCCACCAACAGCAAGAAAGCUUCCAGUUCAGGAGGCGUCGAUGGCGGCGCCAAGGACAAUGAUGGCGGCGCCAUAGACGGCAAUAACAGUGACGAAGACAAAGACCCAGACGGGAGUGGUAGCGAAGACGACAGCGACAGCGAGAGCGACGAUGAUAAGCCGGAUCACAUCCGUCACAGAUACAACAACGAAAAACAGCGGCGGAGAGUUGCCACCCAGCUGAUGAAUGAUGUACGGAAAAGCUUCGACGGGGAGACUAUAACCCCAACAGAAGCAAUCCUUCUCCUUGUCUACUACCAAUGGGAUAGGAAGAUGGUUGUGGACGUAAACGACAAGAUUUAUCACAUGCAAUGGCGCCUCUUUCACCGGUAUGAUCGUAUGAGAGCGCCCAUUGUUAUCAACUCGACCGACACAGAGGACGUGAAAAAAUUGAAAGUCAGGGAACAGGACGAGCGUCUCGCGUUGUUGAUUGAAGCUACUGGUCGCUCGGAUGUACAUUCGCUGAGGCACAUCCUUAAGACCAGCGCAUGGGAUCUUGUUGAUGCAAUCUCCGCUUGGUUUCAUGCGGGACUCAAGCCCCUUGACACUACUCAAACCACCACUACUCAAACCAAGGGCAAGGGCAAGGCCAAAGCCAUAGCCAUAGCUCCAGUUCUGAGAAGAAAUGUGAAUGCCGAUGAGGUCCCAGCGCCUUCGCAGACAGCUUGGAAGGCGCCAAAGCCGGAGAGAGGAUGGGGCAAGGACAGCCAAACAUUCGAACCGGAUCCGAACGACUCGGAGCCUGAUUAUGGCUCAGAUGACGAACAUCUGAUCAGCAACCCCCCAGUCCACGCCCCUGUCCCCGUGAUCAAUGAAGACCGCAGCCGGCUGAGAGUGGGUCAGAAGGAGCGGCACAAAUUGGUCCUCCAGGGCAUCUCGAACGGUCGAUACCUAUACAGACGCUAUCUCGGCCCCUUCAAGUGGCCGGGCUUGAACAAGUCCGUCAAGGGAAGGAAAAGUACAAAAAAGCGCAACGAGGAGUUUGACUGGUUUAACAAGAAGCAUAUUGGUAUGCUGUCUAGAUGGCGGCGGCAGGCAAUUAAUAGGCUCAGCAAGCAAACCAAAGUCGCGGCCAGUCAGCCGUGGUCGGACGAAGAAAACAAGUUCGUGUACGACCUGACAAGGAAAGAGGUGGACAGGUUGAUGAAGGAGACGGGCAAGACUCAAAAGGAAGUGGUCCCUCUGGUUGUAUCAGACGACCUCAAGAAGAAAUGGGCGGAUGCUCUAAACAAGAAAUUCACCGGCACCAAGCCCGGGGGCGCAAAGGACCCACGAACGGACCGCACGGCGCCCGCCCUGAUGACCCAGAGGUGCCGCCUGGAAUCGAUGAUCCAGGAUUUCGCUUGCAAGCGGGACAAGACGUUCUUCGCUAAGAAAGCGAAGGCUGACCAGAAUAGACGGGCCGCCGCCAAGGCCGCUGCCGCUGCCGGGGUCGCCGCUGAUGGUGAUGAUGAGGAAGAGGAGGAGGAGGAGGAGGAGUAA